GCCCCGCCCCGCUCCGCCCCCGCUGCUGAGCCCCGGCCGGUACUCGGUGCAGGGAGGGGCCACCUUAGGCUAUUUAAGCCACCGAGGCGGAGCUGCUCGCUCCCGAGGGAAGCCGGUGCAGCCUUAGGACGCAACAACAUUCUGGUCAGAAGAUGGCUGCUCUUGACACCCUCUUUAAAUACAUUGAUGAACACCAAGACCUUUAUGUUGAGCGGCUGGCUGAGUGGGUAGCAAUCCAGAGUGUGUCAGCAUGGCCGGAGAAGAGGGCUGAAAUCAGGCGCAUGAUGGAAGUUGCUGCAAAGGGUAUUGAGAAACUGGGAGGCACAGCUCAACUUGUGGAUAUCGGGACACAAAAGCUGCCUGAUGGAUCAGUGAUCCCUCUACCUCCAAUUGUUCUGGGAAAGCUUGGCUCAGAUCCACGUAAAAAGACUGUGUGUGUAUAUGGCCACCUGGAUGUUCAGCCAGCAGCACUGGAGGAUGGCUGGGACAGUGAGCCCUUCACACUGGUAGAAAGAGAUGGGAAGCUGUAUGGGAGAGGAUCAACAGAUGACAAAGGUCCAGUGCUUGCCUGGCUGAAUGCCUUGGAGGCUUAUCAGCAAACUAAUCAGGAGUUUCCAGUAAAUAUUAAGUUCUGCCUAGAGGGUAUGGAGGAAUCAGGAUCAGAAGGCCUUGAUGAACUGAUUUUUGCUCAGCGCGAUACUUUCUUCAAAGAUGUGGAUUAUGUUUGCAUUUCUGACAACUACUGGCUAGGCAAGAACAAACCUUGUAUCACCUAUGGCUUGAGGGGUGUUUGCUACUACUUCAUAGAGGUAGAAUGCAGUGACAAAGACCUUCACUCUGGAGUUUAUGGUGGUUCAAUACAUGAGGCUAUGACGGAUCUCAUUGCUCUAAUGGGUUCUCUCAUAGACAAGAAAGGGAAAAUCCUCAUCCCUGGCGUCAAUGAAGCAGUGGCACCUGUUACUGAUGAGGAGCUGGCCAUUUAUGAGAAGAUUGAUUUUGACCUAGAAGAAUAUGCAAAAGACGUAGGAGCAACAAAACUACUCCAUGAUACAAAGAGAGAUAUCCUUAUGCAUAGAUGGAGAUAUCCUUCUUUGUCUCUCCAUGGAAUUGAAGGAGCCUUCUCAGCCUCUGGAGCCAAGACUGUGAUUCCUAGGAAAGUGAUUGGCAAGUUCUCAAUCAGACUUGUGCCAAACAUGACUCCUGAAGAGGUCACAAAGCAUGUUCAAGAUUACCUGACCAAAAAGUUUGCAGAGCUGCAGAGCCCUAACAAAUUCAAGGUAUACUUGGGCCAUGGUGGCAAGCCCUGGGUGUCAGACUUUGACCAUCCCCACUACAUGGCUGGCAGAAGGGCCAUGAAGACAGUUUUUGGAGUUGAACCAGACCUGACAAGGGAGGGAGGAAGCAUUCCUGUUACCCUCACUUUUCAAGAGGCAACAGGCAAGAAUGUCAUGCUGCUUCCUGUUGGAGCUGCGGACGAUGGUGCCCACUCUCAGAAUGAGAAACUAAAUAGGUACAACUACAUCCAGGGAGUGAAGAUGCUUGGCGCGUACCUCUAUGAAGUUUCACAAUUGAAGGACUAAGACACCUUACCUUCUGGCUUGUGAUUCAGAAGAUUCCUUUUCUUACGGACAGUGUCUGUUAAUUCUUAUGUGCCUCCCCUUUUCAACCAACACUCCACUGCUUUGGAGAAGAGGGAAGCAUGCGAUUCUACUUGAGAAACAAACAUUGUAAACCAAAAAUAAUUAUUCAAAUCCUUCAAAUGACAGACUAUUUCCUAUCUGUCCAGUAGUCCUGAAAGGCAUCUUUCCCCUGCCUCACUUCAGAGUUCUGAUUUGCUGUACUCGUUCUGGCCUCCCAGACUAGCAUUAACAGGCUAAGCUAGGCAAAUAUUAAGUAAUGAUGCUUUGCUCUGAGAAAUGCCUUAGAGCAUGGUGUGUUCCUACGUGUCUUGUAUAGUGAUGAGUUGAGCAGCAUCUGCUGCUUCUGUAGGGAAGAGAAGGCAGAAAUGCCCUGACUAUCCGGUUUUUGUUGUUUGAUCUGGAGUCUUAACUGUGAGUGGCUAUUGGGGCAGGAAGAAGGCUUCUGUUCUUACUAUACAUCUUCUAGAGCUUCUCUGCCUACUUUUUCUGUUUUCUAAUGGAGGUUGAGGUCCAGUAUCAUUAAACACUACACUUGUAUUUUCAGCUGGGGUACAGGCUGAGACUUGCAUAAUGUGGCUGUGUUGGUGCUUGUAAGCACCAAGCUUCUCUAGUAACACUGGAUAGUGUAAGGUUCUCACCUCCUGGUGGUGCUGAAACUAACUUGGUAUAACAACCUGGUAUAUGCAAGAUGGCACAAGUAUUCAUCUGUAUGUAGAGACCAACUGAUUAUAUAGGAUAACAUGUCCAAGCAGUUGUUGCUUUUAAAGCAGCUUUCCCCAGUCACUGAGUUGAUGGCUCAUACUUCUUUAAAUGGGAUGACUAUCUGAAAAGACCCCAUGGUUAGUUUAUGUUGCUUUUCUACCUAUUAAUUUGAGAAGCAUAAAAACUUCUAAAAUCCACUUCAUGGACUUGAGGUAAUGAGUUUUUCACAGUGUGUAAAAGAACUUAUUAGAUGGUCAAAAAGCUGAUAAUGUUAGGAGCUAUGUUUAGAAAUUUAUAGCUGUCAUUUCUAACUGCUGUGUUGAGAAUCAGGUAAUUGACUAAAGUUCUGUGCUAAAGAUUCUGCAUAAGGUCCUGCACUUCUUGAAUAAUCACAAUAUGGCAGAGUAGUGAAAAUUGUCCAAAACAGCACUAAGUAUAUAAAGGAAUUUCUGGGAAAGGCUUGGAAACAGAGUCUACUGAGUGGACUGUGGGAAUAUUUCAGCGUGCGGUGAGUGCCAGAACCCUGUGAGAAGAGCUUAAAAUAGGAUUUUGUCCUGAGCAAAAUGAGCACUGAAGAGUAAGAUGUUAAACUAAUAUGGCCUUUUUAAAAAUUAAGGGGACUUUACAACUGUUCUAUUGUAAUACCAGUUUGUAAUUCUAUAAUUAUACUAUAUUGAAAGCUUUCCUGCUUUGGGUGUAGCCUCCUUUGUUACCACGGAAGGUGAUAACAGAAGCUGUAGUACUUGACUGGAAUGAACACUGCAGGCAGAAAGGACCACGAUACCAGCUUCUGUCUGCCUGCUUCAGAACUGCCUUCUUGAAGGCUUCCAGGAAACUAAUACCUUUGGCAGAGGUCUGGAUUGCUGAUGUAUUUGGCUCUUGCGUAUUGUACAGGGGUUUACUUAAUCACAAUAGCCCAUGUUGUUUGAAGAGCAACACUCAAUGCAGAAGCUGGGCAUUACAUACAGUGUGAGGUAGCAAAACUUGGGGGGGAAAUUCAGUGAAGUAUGGAACAUCACAGCACCAUCUGCUGGACACAUGACUGGAGUUUUCCAUGCAGAGCUUUGUAUUGCUGCUUUUUUUUUUUUUUUUAACCUGUUUACUGAAAGGUUGUUCAACUCCAGUUAAUAUAUAACACGAAUGCAGGUGUAAAUAUAUGCUCUUUAAAAGGCUCCUGGGGGAGCUGGCUUGGCUGUCAGACCAGUUACUGUUUAGUGAAGGAACUACAGAAGAACAGAACUGCAGAUGUUGGGUACUCGUGUAGCUGCUGGGUAUUUUAAUGUGCUGAAUAAUUCCAUUGUGAAGUUAUGUAAUAGAAAAAUAUUCUUGCUGAUUGUGCAGUUUCUUACUCAUCUCUUUGCCUACAGUCACCAUCAUUUCUGUGCGGCAGAGUUACACAGGAACAACUUUAGAAAGAUGCAGGGCUGCAGUCUCCAGUUUACGUGAGCAGAGAAGAGUAAUGCCAUCUCUCUAUUGACAGGAAAACAAAAGUAAGGCUGUAAAAAGAAAAGGGGUUAUGCUCUCUUCUAAUCUAAAUCUUGACUGGGCUUAUAAGGGCUACUGAUACAUGCCUGUUUGGUUUAUUUAAAGCUUAUUCUUGUUUGGCACCCAUGUUUUGUUCAUCUGAUACUUAGAUGUUAUGUCUGAACAGGGCAGGAGCUCAGCUUAUUGCCUGCUGACCCAAACAGUACAUGGUCUGCAGUUGAUAAGAUAUUCUGUGAACUUCUGCUUAGCCAAAUUAUGUCAAAAUGUGCUGAAUACUCUCAAAUACUAAAGCAAAGGACUUGAAUCAC